AUGGAUAACAAUAACGACGACGAUGAUAACAUCAUCACUUCAAAAGAAAAUAACCUAUUAAAAGAGCUUUUAGAGCUAUUUGACGAACUCAAAGAAUGGGGUGAACCAGACGAACGCGCCGUGAAACAAAUACUCAAAUGGAUAUCGCUAAAAAACGAAUUACCACAUAAUAUAUUCCAAAUAUUGUCCAAACACCACCGCCAAAAUGAUCCACCAUGCACUUGUAUCCUAGGAUUCUUUUAUAAUUACGGAAUCGGGACACCGUUCGAUCUCGAACGUGCGUUUUAUCUUUAUCGAAAAAGUGCUGAAGCAGGAUACUUAAUUGCACAAAAUAAGGUCGGGUAUUUAAAUGAGACAAUGGCUUUGUAUUGGGGAGAGAAAGCAGCCAGAGCGGGUCACCCAGCAUCACAAAUACAAUUGGCAUUACUUUAUACGUACGGGGUAAUAGUAAAAAGAAAUAUCACAAAAGCCAUCUAUUGGUGUCGAAAAGCGAGCGAGGCUCAUAAUAAUAUGAGUCAACAUACGCUCGGUGGAUACUACCAGUCUGGGAUUGGGGUUCCUCGUGAUAUACACAUGGCAAUAAAAUUGUAUCGAAGAGCACAAAAUAACGAUUACGAAUUUACAGAAAUUUCUCUGAAUUGUCUUUUCAAACCUGCAUUAAAGGAAUAA